AUGUCUUCAAAGGACGAAUACACACAAGAGAUUGAGCUAGAAGCUUCUUCGGAGGAUGGACUGACCAAUGAUGAGAAAACACUCAUAAGGCUCGGGUACACGCCCGAGUUCAAGAGAGAGCUUGGGUUGUGGUCAAUUUUCUCCGUCUCCUUCUCUGUGAUAGGGUUGUUGCCUUCUGUCGCUGCCACUCUCUUCUAUGGUGUGGGCUAUAUUGGAAUCCCGGGCAUCUCUUGGGACUGGCCCAUUGCAUGCAGUGGUAUCAUUUGCGUCUCAUUGGCCAUGGCGGAGUUAUGUUCGAGUAUGCCCACUUCGGGCGGUCUCUACUAUGCCGGUGCAGUGUUGGCACCAACGGGUUGGAAGGCAUUGACGUCCUGGACCAUUGGCUGGAGUAACUGGUUGGCACAGAUUACCUGGGCACCCUCAGUGAAGUACACUUUGGCAAAUUUGAUUUUGGCAUUAGCCCAGAUCAAAAAUCCAGAUUAUGAACCUCAAAAAUAUCAGGUGUUCUUGCUUGCUCUUUUGCUACUCUUCAUUCACGGGAUCUUGGGCUCCGUUCCAACAAAAUAUGUGGCACGUAUCAAUAGCAUUGGCUCCUGUUUGAAUGCUGCAGUCAUCAUCAUCGGUAUUGUGAUGCUUUUGGUCGGGAACAAAAGAGAAGAACCGAAGUGGAACUCCAACUACCAAGUCUGGAGAGAGUUCAAGAACAAUACCGAGUGGCCAGAUGGAAUUGCCCUCCUCAUGUCUUUCCUUGCAGCUAUUUGGUGUAUUGCAGGUUUUGACGGUCCAUUCCACUUGGCCGAGGAGUGUUCAAACGCUUCCACUGCUGCUCCAAUUUCAAUUGUCCUGACCACUGUGUUGGCGAGUGUUUUCGGAUGGGUGUUGAUGUUAAUCAUUGCGUACACCAUUGUCGACGUCGAGGCGGUAAUCAGCUCUGACAUUGGACAGCCCUUUGCCACUUAUUGUGAUCAGUUGAUGGGUACCGAUGCGGCAACUGCACUGCUUGCCUUAAUUGCCAUCUGUUUAUUCUUUACGGGCCAAGCCUGUGUGGUCACUGCCAGUAGAGUGGCCUAUGCGUAUGCCAGAGAUGGCUGCUUUCCCUUCUCCAAGUAUUGGAGCCAGGUUAACAAAACCACAAGAACUCCGGUUAGAUGUGUUUGGGGUAACGUAUCAAUCGGUGCUUUGAUUCUCUUGCUCACGUUCAACUCGGAAGCGAUCUCUGCUAUCUUUUCCCUCGGUGGCACUGCUGCAUACAUUGCCUUCACUAUUCCUACGCUCUUGAAGUUAUUUGCGCAGAACAAAUUCAAGCCAGGGCCCUGGAACUUGGGCAAGUUCAGUGCCCCAGUCGGGAUCUACGCCUGUAGCUUUGUUCUAUUGAUGGUUCCUAUCUUGUCUUUUCCGCAAGUGAGAGGUGUCGACUUGAGCGCACAGGUGAUGAACUGGACUUCGUUGGUGUACUACGGUCCAAUGGCAAUUGCAUUGCUGUGGUAUGCAAUCGACGCUAGAAAGUGGUUCCAGGGGCCGAACGUUAGCAAAGACCACUUCAUCAACUGA